AAAAAAACAAAAAAAAAACAAAAGAGAUAAGAGGGAGUCGGCCAAAACAAAACAUGAGAAGGGUGGGGAGUCCCAUCUUUGGACCAAGAGAGAAGAGAUGGCAAUGGGCAGCUGGUUGUCUAAUUAAUAGCCAAAGAAAAAAAUAGGAAGACACUUCCUACUUGGCUACUUGUCGGCAGUAGGAAAAAAAAAGGAAUUCAGCCGCAGAAAUAAUACACACCCCAGCUCUAGUUUGCAGGAGGCAAAAGGAUGGAGCUGGAAAGAAUUCAUCCGCCAUCACUCAGCCUCAAGUAGCUCCGGGCAGGAAAAAAUCCGAGCUGCUAGGAAGAAGAACCGAGCUCAAAAUACUCUGUCUUGCUUGCAGCUUUACCUACGAAAGACUCAAAUACUCUGCACCCAUAUGGAAACCGUUGAUACUUCACCGCAACAGGACAGCGCCGAUAAUGUUAUCUCCGACGAGAAAGCCACCGAACCCAACGCCCAUCAAUCAGAAAAUGGCCAUUCUUCGCCUCUACGUACGAUAUCGGACCACACUGUUUCAUACUCUCCGCCAGAACAGCUUCCCGUUCCCGAAGCGAGGGAACCAUCUUUCCAAACGCAACCCACCCUAGUUCCGCCUCCGGUCAAAAGGAGACGCCGCCGGAAGAGAUUCUUCACAGACAUGAUCUCCACUGCCCCAUCGGCUGCUGCUGUAUCAGGGUUACGCGUCCGCCGCCCCAAUUACAAUCCCUCUACCCCGUAUUCGUACUCCGAUACCGACCUCGCCGCCGCAAAAGAAGAUCUUUCGAAGAACCCUAACCGCCGGAAGAGAGUUUCGGACCUUGCUAAAGAGGUCGAUAUCGAAGCCUUAAUUGCUAUCUCCGUCGGUUUCCCAGUCGAUUCCCUCACGGAGGAAGAAAUCGAAGCCAAUGUAGUGUCCCAAAUCGGCGGGGAAGAGCAAGCGAACUACAUUGUCGUCCGAAACCACAUCCUUGCACGGUGGCGCUCCAAUGUCUCUGUCUGGCUCACCAAAGACCACGCCUUAGAGUCAAUUCGAGCCGAACACAAGAACCUCGUCAACUCCGCCUACACCUUCCUGCUCAACUAUGGCUACAUUAAUUUCGGACUCGCUCAGGCAAUCAAAGAAACCAAACUGAAGCCACCUGAGGGCAUCUUCAAGGGUACUGUGAUUGUCGUAGGUGCAGGACUCUCAGGUCUAGUAGCAGCUAGACAAUUGAUUUUUCUAGGGUUUAAGGUAGUGGUCCUUGAGGGAAGGACCCGACCAGGAGGCAGAGUGAGAUCAAAGAAAAUGGCCGGUUGUCAGGAGGGACCCACCGCAGCAGCGGAUUUAGGUGGCAGUGUUCUGACCGGAAUCAAUGGCAACCCACUCGGAGUUCUGGCAAGGCAACUCGGCCUUCCCCUCCACAAGGUCAGGGACAUCUGCCCUCUCUAUUUACCGGAUGGAAAAACAGUGAAUUCUGAUAUGGAUUCCAUGGUUGAAACCUCAUUCAAUAAAUUGCUAGACAGAGUGUGUAAGCUAAGGGAAGUAAUGAUGGUAGAAGUUAAGUCAGUUGAUGUUUCUUUAGGGGCUGCUUUAGAAACGUUUAGGAGUGUUUAUCAAGUGGCAGAAGAUCCCCAAGAACGAAUGCUCUUAGACUGGCAUUUGGCAAAUUUAGAGUACGCAAAUGCUUCAUUAAUGUCCGAGUUGUCCUUAGCCUUUUGGGAUCAAGACGAUCCUUAUGAAAUGGGCGGAGACCAUUGUUUUAUUCCUGGCGGGAAUGAGAGGUUAGUUAGGGCAUUGGUUGAGGACGUUCCGGUAAUUUAUGAACGUACGGUGGAGAGCAUUAGGUAUGGUGCGGAUGGGGUUCUGGUCUACGCAGGCAAUCAAGAAUACCGUGCGGACAUGGUUCUUUGUACCGUCCCUUUAGGGGUCCUAAAGAAAGGCACCAUAGAGUUCUUCCCCGACCUUCCUAAGCAUAAGAAAGAUGCAAUCGAUAGGUUGGGGUACGGUUUAUUGAACAAAGUUGCAAUUCUUUUCCCAUAUGACUUCUGGGGCGGCGAGAUCGACACAUUCGGGCACCUGACCGAGGACCCGAGCACAAGGGGAGAGUUCUUUCUCUUCUACAGCUACUCUGCUGUAUCGGGGGGGCCACUCCUCGUGGCUCUGGUCGCUGGAGAGGCUGCAUUAAGUUUUGAGAAGAUGUCCCCUUUGGAAUCUGUCAGGCGGGUUUUAGAUACCCUCAAGGGAAUAUUCAGCCCGAAAGGGAUUGCAGUUCCCGACCCAAUCCAGUCGGUCUGUACGCGAUGGGGCCAGGACCGGUUCUCGUACGGCUCAUAUUCUUAUGUCGCGGUUGGUUCCUCAGGGGAUGACUAUGAUAUUCUUGCCGAGAGUGUGGCAGACCGAGUGUUCUUCGCCGGAGAAGCAACGAAUAGGCAAUAUCCCGCCACUAUGCAUGGAGCUUUUUUAAGUGGAAUGAGGGAAGCAGCACACAUUCUUAGAAUAGCCAAUAGGAAGUCUAUUGGAUCUGUUGAGAAAACGGACAGUGAAGAAAGCAAGGACAUUGACCGACUAUUUGAGAAUCCCGACCUCAGAUUCGGUUGCUUCACGGUGUUGUAUGAUCCGACAUCAACCGAACUUCAGUCCAAUUCAUUACUUCGGGUGGCACUUCAAGGGGAUAAAAAUAACACCGGUUGCUCUCUCCAUCUGUAUGGUUUGAUCUCAAGAGAGAAAGCCAUUGAGCUGAGUGAAGUGGAAGGUGAUGUAAAGAGGUUACAGAAGUUAAGUGUUGAGUAUGGCAUAAACCUGGCUGGGUGGAGAAGAGUAUGCGAUGAUGCAGAAUCUCUAGUCAAUUCCAUUUUCUCCGAGUACAACAAUAUGAGGAAUUCUAUAAUUGUCUCGGCUAUUUCCGAUCAUUAGAAUAUUUUUUCUUCUAAUCUCUAAUUCCUGGAACUGAAGUUCUCAUCUAAGCCAUUACAUUAUUAUUUAUGAGGAAAAUGCCAUGUGUACAAGUUUUUGUGCACACGUUCUCGUACAUUUUGUUGUUAUCAGGGCAAUUCAUCUGUAUCUAGGCAAUUUUCUAAAAAAAUGCAGAAAUUGUCAGUAAUUUUAUACUAAAUGUACGUGAUAUAGAUAAGAUGUAUAUGUACAAAUAAUGUUUAUACCAGGCAUUGCUCUAUUUAUGAUGUAUAUGAGUUUUGGUACUCUUAACUGAAGAAGUAUGGUGCAUAAUCAUUUACUAUUUUUGAGUAAUCAUUUACAAAACACACACCUUACAUUGAUCAAACAACAAGAUUGCAUAAUACAUGAAUCUUGUGCAAAAAUUUAAACAUCCCUUAUGAUCAAAUAUGAAAUCGUUUAGCCAAUCACUAAUAACACGAAUCACGGACCAUUGAUUGGAAGUGAAGUAUCCACUAGCCAAAAUUGCUUUCAUAUUUUUAAACACAUACUCCUUCCAUGUUAAAAUAAGUGUCCCCGUAGGCUUUUCACGUAUCUUAAGAUAAUUUAUAGGUUUAUUAUACAUUUUUUAAAAAUUAUGAGAUUUUUGGUACCGUAGCAAUACUGUUUACUUUAUUAAAAUGUAUCGUAGCUGCUUUUAGGAUGGAUUUAUUUCCAAAAAUGGAAGUGAGUAAAGACUUGCAAUAUGAUUUGCAUAUUUAUUAUUUCCUGUAGGAUGAUGAUCAGAUCAAAAUAAAGGUCGAAUAUAUGUUUGAUGGUUACUUUUCCCGUCUAAUCAAACAUCUUUUUCAGCAUCUGAUUCCUCACACUUAAUAUUGGAAGUUGGAACACUAUUCUGGUAAUAUAGUAGCACCACAAAAAGCUAAACAAGAACUGCUAUCUCAAUCUCUUAAAAAAGCUACAUCAAAUACAACUAUGUACCAUACAAUCAUGAAUAAUUUAUAUUUUUCUGAACUGUAUUUUUUAUUUUACUAAAGUUAUCCUAAGUAGUAGUAACUUGAGAGUGUCUCUUUUUUUGGCAAAGUCCACGAAUAUUUGUUUCAUUUAUCCAAAUAUGACACCUUUUUUGACAAAAUAAAAUGUUUGGAACAUGGUUUUUUGGGGAAUGUGCGGGUGAAAGGUGCUUUCGUUCAAAUGAAGCAUUGAUUCUCCUCUUUUAAAGAUCUUCACCAAUAAGGUAGGUUGAAGAAUAUUAUUGAUUCAGCGUGGUUAAAUAACAAGGUCAAUAUAUUGCAUUCCAUGCACCCUCCCUUCUUGAGAGCCCUUCAGUAAGCAGAGAGGCAGAGCUCGAGAAAAACUAAUAUAAAUUGCAAUGGAAGCUUGCAAGAGAUGUGAGAAGGAACUGGUAGGGGGAUUCCAUGAUGGAGCUUACUGCAGAAAAUGCCAGAAAUCCAUUUCACUACUUGGGGAUGCUGAGGGACGAGGGGGAAUAAUCACCCAAGCCGUAGGGAAUACCAGUUCUGGAAGAAGAAGAUUUGGAAGCAUCUUGAGGAAGAAGAGUUCAUCAUCUGGAAGUCCUAAAUCUUUCUCUUUCAGUUUUAGACCGAACGGUGUAUCGUUUAACAUACAAGAGGAUACGCCAUACGGGAAGCGGGCGCUUCUCUGCGGAGUGACAUAUCAGAAGGAGAAAUAUAAGCUUAGAGGAACUCUCCUGGAUGUGAAGAGCAUGAGGGAUUUACUGGUUGAACGUUUUGGCUUUCAACCCGCCUCCAUUCUUAUUCUUGCAGAGGAAGAGCCCUUCAGGGAACCAACAAGGAAAAAUAUAUUGGAAGGUUUCAAAUGGCUGAUGAGGAACUUGAGGGCAGGGGACUCGGUGGUGUUUUACUUCUCUGGACAUGGAUUGAGACAGCGGGAGCUUGAGGGAGAUGAGAUCGAUGGAUUUGAUGAGACCAUUUGCCCUCUCGACUUCAAGAGUGAAGGGAUGAUACCAGACAACGCCAUCAAUGAUAUCAUUGUCAGACCACUCAAAGAAGGAAUCAAACUCCACGCCAUUGUCGAUGCCUGCCACAGUGGCACCAUUCUUGAUUUACCUCGCAUUUACAGCCGCAAUGAAAAGAGAUGGACUAAUAACGAACCUCCAAGCCGUACUUAUAAGGGCACAAAUGGUGGAAAGGCGAUAUGUUUUAGUGCUUGUGAGGAUCAUCAAUUGGCUGCUGAUACUUCUGCUUUUUCCGAAGGGAAAUAUAUGAACGGAGCAAUGACAUAUACAUUCAUAAAAGCAAUAAAGGAAAAUGUAAACGUAACAUACAGUGGGUUGAUGCAUUACAUGCACCAGUCCAUUAAAAGUGCUAAUGUUGGAAUUGGAUGCUUGCCUUCUCUCAAUCCCUUCUACCGCAAGUUGGUUCAGGAUCCGGUUUUAUCAACAUCCCACGAUUUCGACGUCACCCAGAAGUUGAAUCUGUAGUUGUGGCUGCACAUCCCAAGAUUUCGACAUCACCCAGAAGUUGAAGUUGCAAGUGUGUGCAUGCACCAGAAAAUCAGAAAUAAUUAAAAAUGAGCUUGAUCAAGCAUUAAUGAUAUUCGUUUUGUAUGUUCCUAAUAUUUGUAUUUGGUUAUGGUGACUUUGUUAGCUUAAUAAAUAAAAUGCAUCUAUAUAAGUUAUUAAAUAAAAUUCUCAUAAGACAACAUGAUAUAUUUGUUAGUACCAUAAAUGCGAAAAUGAAUACUCAGUUUAUGUCCCUUUUUAUAUACUCCAGUGCUGCUUUUGGAAUGAAAAUGUUACAGUUAAAGCAUGUACCCCA